GGGGCGGGUAUGGUGCGUGGGGCGGGGCAGCGGGGACGAUGGCGUCUGCUGUCGCUGUGGGCGCUACUGCUGCUGUUCCCUCUCCUCUCCCUCCUAGUCCAGACGAGGAUGAGGAGGAGCAGCAGACGCGUGGAGGAGGCGACGCUGGAGCAUGCAGACCCAGGGGUUGCUAGAAACGAGAGCUUGAUGCCGACGGUGGAGCGACUGGAGAGGCUGGUGAAGAACUUGCAGGACAAGGUUAAAGAGCACAAAGAGCUUAAGGAGAUCUCGUCGAAGAGAACAGAGGCGCAAGUGACGCAGCACAACUCGCUCCUCCUCUCGCACUUCUGUCAGCGCAGGGACUGUGCCAUGCGGACGCAGUGCAAGUACAAGGAGCUGGAGCGAGGACUGAGCGUGACGGAGAAACCGAGCAAGAGGUACGAUAGCGCUCUAGGGAUGUUCAAAGAAGUUCCUUUUCAGUUCGAACCUGCUAAGGUUUGGUACUUCUUCCCUGAAGUCUUCUCCUGCCCCACCAUGCAGCGAGCGGGGCCGCUCUACGACGGAGGGAAGUGGACUUGCCGCCUGCACACGCUCCGUCCUCCCUGCGUCAUCUACUCCUUCGGGACGUGGGAUGACGUGGCGUUCGAGCUGGGGGUAGAGAAGGUUGGCUGCCUCCUGCACGCCUUCGAGAUCGACCCCGAGCCCAUCAAGCGCAUCCAGCAUAUCUUCGACGCGCGGCCCAACUGGAAGAUUCACAACGUGGGGAUCGGAGCGGCGGACGAUGCGGGAGGAAAGAUCAAAACCAUGAGGACGAUCAUGAGAGAGCUCGGGCACAGUCGGGUCGACUUUGUAAAGAUGGACAUCGAAGGGAAGGAGUAUGAAGUCGUAGAGUCUCUCAAGGGUCUCAACAUCCAAGAGAUUGUCAUUGAGCUGCACAACCCCACGUUCCAGCAGAUGCUCCGCCUCACUAGGACUUUGGACACGAUGGGCUUACAGGUCUUUGCGAGGGAGGCCAACACACUGGCGUCACGGGUGGAGGACGCGGCUCAGGGUCACUCCUGCUGUUUCGAGUUCUCCUUCACUAAAGUGGAGAACGUCGACAGAUGUCCAGCAGAGCUACAGCAACCUCUCUCACUGCCAUGCCUCGACACCUCUGGAGUUUCCAUCACCACCAGCGCCUCCUGCUAGCGGUCGCUUCCCUUGUUCGCAUCCACUCAAGUCUUUCUCGCCUUGUCUCCUCCUCUUCCUCAUCCUAGACUUGAUAUUUCACAUUUACAGUCAUGUACAAUAAAUGCAGAAGCAGCCAUGCUUGUCAUGUUGCUAG